GGAGGAGGCAGAAGAAGAGGCCACCGUCCUGUCUGAGUGGUUAGCUGCUGCUGCUCAGUGGAGCCGCAGUUUUUCCUCUCACGGCUAUGAUUGACAGAGGCAGCAGAGCUUUACACGGGCAUGUCCGCACACUCGCUCGGUUGUUGCCGUAACAACAGAGAGACCUGCAGCAUGGCGAGUCCGGAGAGAGCCCAGAGCUGCCGCUGCUCUCACACAAGAACAACAGCAGCGUGUGUCGGAGUCUUCAGGAUCUUAUUUAUUGCUCUUAUUCACGCCGCGCGGGCGGAUAAACAAGCAUUCAUUCAGUCAGACACAAUUCUAGAGGUUCUACAUUUUGGUGAGGGAAGCCUUUUACAGGCAGAGUCUGACAUUGAUUUCAGUUUAUAUCAUCAACAGAGCACGUCCCCGCACCGAGGGAACUGCCGACCUAUACGAUUUGAACCUCCAAUGCUAGACUUUCAUGAACAGCCGGUUGGAAUGCCAAAAAUGGAGAAAGUUUAUUUACAUAAUCCUAGCUCAGAAGAAAUUAGUUUGAUAUCAAUAUCGGCAACAACAGCACAUUUCCACGCCUCCUUUUUUCAGAAUAGGAUAAUUCCACCAGGAGGGAACACAUCUUUUGAUGUCGUGUUUCUUGGUCGAGUUGUUGGAAAUGUAGAAAACACUUUAUUUAUUAAUACGUCACAUCAUGGAGUGUUUACAUACCAGGUUUUUGGGGUCGGCGUCCCGAACCCCUACAGGCUUCGGCCCUUCAUCGGGGCCCGGGUCCCUGUGAACAGCAGCUUCUCCCCUCUAAUAAACAUUCACAACCCAUACAGUGAACUGCUGCAGGUGGUGGAGAUGUACUCCAGUGGAGGAGAUCUGCAUUUAGAGCUUCCCACUGGCCAACAGGGAGGCACCGGAAAGCUUUGGGAGAUUCCUCCUUUCGAGACGAAGGGGGUGAUGAGAGCCAGCUUCUCUUCGAGAGACGCGGACAACCACACGGCUUUCAUCAGGAUCAAAACCAACGCUCCAAAUGAGGACCAGUUCAUCAUCCUCCCGGUUGAGGUGGAGGUCACGUCAGCUCCCGGUAUAUACUCCUCCACAGAAAUGCUUGACUUUGGAACGCUUCGAUCACAAGAUCGUCCAAAACUCCUGAACCUCCAUCUUUUAAAUUCAGGAACAAAAGACGUUCCUAUCACAAGUGUUCGCACAACACCAUCAAACGAAGCCGUCACCGUAGAUUUUAAAGCGGUGACGCUCAAAGCCGGAGAGAACAGAUAUACUAAAGUUGCAACCAUUAGUUUCGAUGCCUCAAAAGCAAGACGACCAUAUCAGUUUUCUGGUAAAAUAACAGUUAAAGCAAAAGAAAAGACUUAUUCCAAGCUUGAAAUCCCAUACCAGGCAGACGUUUUAGAAGGCUACCUGGGCUUUGACCACACGGCUACGUUGUUCCACAUCAGAGACAGCCCUGUCGACCCAGUGGACAGAGCGAUUUUCCUCACAAACGCGUUCAGCUUCGCGAUCCGGAUACACAACGUGUCCCUGCCCGACGAGGCUAAAAUCAUGUUUAAAGUGCAAAACUUCAGCACGCCCAUCCUCAUCCCGCCGCACGAGUCCCGCUACAUCUUCUCCCUCCUCUUCCGGGCAGUCCGACCCUCCAUUCACAUAGACAGCAAUAUCUUGCUGAUCACAAACGCGUCCAAGUUUCACCUGCCCGUCCGGGCUUACACAGGCUUCUUAGAGCCCCUCGUCCUGCCCCCCAGUGUGAAGGAGAACGUCCUGGACUUCGGCGUCCGCAGCGCCACCGACACCAGCAGCAUCAUAUUCGUGGUCGUCAACAGCAACCCCAUCGAGCUGGAGAUAAAGUCCUGGCUGGUCACAGGAGACAGCCUCUUCAUGGAGCUGCUGAAGACGGAGAAGGGGAACACGACAGCAGCCCUGAGUCGCCUGCAGGAGCUGCAAAACGCCUCAGCCUCGCAUCACAAAACGGUGAUUCUAGCAUCUGGCUAUUAUGCAGCUUUCAGAGUCACAUUAGUCGCCAAAGCGCUCGAGGGCGUGUACGAUGGAGCCAUUCACAUCACAACAGAUUAUGAGAUAUUGACCAUCCCAGUCAAAGCUCUCAUCGCAGUGGGGACAUUAAACAGCUCACCCAGGCACAUCGUGUUGCCACCUUCAUUUCCAGGAAAAGUCGUUCACCAAAGCUUCAACAUCCAGAGCUCCUUCACACAAAAAGUCCGGCUGCAGCAGAUCCAGUCGCUGACGGAGGACAUCAGGUUUUAUUACAAGCGUCUGCGCAACAACAAAGACGAGCUGGAGCCAAGACGAAAAUCCAAGGUGGCAAAUAUUUAUUUUGACGCCAGCUUGCAGUGUGGUGAUCACUGUUAUGUGGGCCUGCCAUUUGUGCUUAAAUCUGAAUCCAAGCCUCACGGUCUGGUGUUGCAGGAGGAUAUCUGGGAUGCUGACGUAGACCUUCAUCAGAAACUCCUCAAACGAUGGAAGGAGAUCAAAGAGCGCUCAGGACACAAAAUCGAAGCCAUCUUUGAAGUCAACACGAACCUCCAGAAGAACAUCGAAGCUAAAGUCACGGCCCAUUUGACCUGGCCUUCACUCGUCAACUCCUCACAGAGAAUUGUGUUCCCCCUGACCAGCACAAACAGCUCCUCUGACGAGGAGGUGAUCCUGCAGAACCCUUCAGAUGUCCCCGUCUACGUCCAAGUUCUCCCGCUGGCGCUUCUUCCCAACCCCUCUGUGUUUUCUGGAAAGCUGGCCGACAGGUUGCCAUUGGGAAAUUUGUCCAGUAUAAACAUUGACACAAGCACAUUCGAGUUCCAGGUUCACAGAAACCAAACGUCCCUAAUAAAGAGCAGCUCGGGGUUUGUCGAAGGCUCAACCAGACCCUUUGUCUACAAUCUCAUGCUGCUGCCUGGGGAAGUGAAGUCAUUCAGCGUGAGGUUCACGCCCGUCAGAAACCACAGCGUCUCCUCCCUUCUCAUAGUCAGGAACAACCUGACUGUGAUCGACACGAUCGUGCUCCACGGACGCGGCACGACGGAGAGCCUGAAGGUGGCGGGGAAGCCUCCAGGGCAGGGCAGCUCGCUGAGGUUCAAGAUGACGGAGGCGCUGCUGAAAGACUGCACAGAAAAAAUAAAAGUUAAGGAGCCAAACUUUACUCUCAAGAGAACCGUCAGAGUGGAGAACACUGGACAGCUCCCGAUCACCAUCAAAUCGGCAGAAAUCAACGGCCGAGCUUGCGAAGGAUAUGGAUUCAAAGUUCUCAACUGUCAGGAGUUUGCACUUAAGCCGAAUGCUUCAAAAGACAUCGUCAUACUGUUUACACCCGACUUCACCUCGUCCCGAGUGAUCCGGGAGCUGAAACUGGUGACGCGGGGCGGCUCGGAGUUCGUGUUCGUCCUGAACGCCUCUCUGCCCUACCACAUGCUGGCCGCCUGCGCCGAAACCCUGCCCCGACCCAGCUGGGAGCUCGAGCUCUACAUCAUAGUGUCCGUCGUCAUGAGCUCCAUGUUUCUGUUGGUGAUAGUCACCGCCUACCUGGAGGCGCAGAGCAUCUGGGAGCCUUUCAAGAGACGCGUCUCGGUGGAGUCCAACUCCAGCAUGGAGACGGGGAGGCCGUUUAACCUCAGGGAAAUUGUCCAAAUUCACAGAGAUUUAAAUGACUACAGCGACUCGUCCCAGAACUCCAGGGGGUUUUACCCAUCCAGCAACGGCACGGCGAGGGUCGGAGGUCGACAGAGUAGCCGGAACUUACUGGAACCCGACAGCCAAGACAAGAGGCCCAGGAUGCCCUUCAGCCGCCCGUCUGUGCCAGCGGCUCCAUCUCAGCUGCCCAAAGCGAGCUCAGCCUCCGGCCAGGACGGUCCACCGGCCCCCUGCCAGCUGGUUAAUCGGAAGGCUCGCAACAGCAAACAGCUGGACCUCCCGGGUCAAAGUUCGCCCGGGUCGUCGUUGCAGGAGGAUCCAGAGUACUCCAGCCUCUUAGGAGCCAUGGACAACGACCUCGAUCGCCCAGAGUCGCUGGCCGCCGAGGCUCUACAGGACCAGAGCUCUCGAUCCGCUCAAAGCAAAGUGUUAGAAUCCAAAGGGAAGCAGCGUUCCAAAACAAAAGCGCUGAGAAAGAAGGAAGAGAAGGAGAAAAAGCCCAGAUUAAAGACUCAGGGAGACGAGUUGAAAGACAACCUGGCAGACAACGACGACAGCUCCUCCACCACCACAGAGACCUCAAACCCAGACGUGGAGACAAACCUCAAAGAGGAACCAGUGAAAAAGAAAGGGAGGACAACAACUCCUGGGAAGACAAAAGAGGAAACUUCAAAUUUCUCAAGCAAACCCAAAGAAAGAAAACAAGAAGCUGCAAAGAAAGAGACUCAAACAGAGAAAUCCAGUUCUCUGGAGCUUCCAUACGUAACGCCGCUGGAAAACAAGCAGCGCAGGAGCUUCGCGUCCAAAGCUCUUCACCCCCUCAUCUCAAAGACGAGGCCGGCGCAGAAACAAAGAAUAGACGGGAAGCCGGACGACGGGCGGCCCCUGCUUUUAGCCAAGCUGUCGUCGAGCUCCUCCGUCCCGGAGCUGGGCCACAGCAGCAGCUCAGAGGGAGAGAAGGACUACGCUCCUCCAGAGUGGGACAUCCCUCUUCCUAACAACAGCAUGCAAGCAGACAGCCUCCAGCAGAUCUCCCUGCAGACGUUGAACGCAGAUCCUUUCCUGAAGCGGUCGGCCACCGCGGGGACCUGCUCCCCUCCGCCCACUUCGCCCAGCUUACUGUCCCGAGGCACCUACAGCAGCGUGCUGAACAGCACCAGCGAGCUGAACCAGAAAAAGGCCCCGGGAAAUAAGCCGUCUGCAGGAGCGCCACUUCCAGGCAAGAACGGCAACCCCACCUUCGCCGCUGUGGCCGCAGGUUACGACAAAAGCCCAGGCGGCUCUGGUCCGGGUAAAGGCGACAACCAAUCCAAGACUCUGGCCAACAUGAUGUCAGUGGAAAGUGACAGCUCAGACAGCUCUGGAUUAUGGAGUCCGAUCAACACGGCCAGCAGUCCAAACUACAAAUCUGACAACUCUUUCUCUGCUUUCGGACCCAACAGCUCCUUCAACCUGACUCAAGUUUUCAGUGGGAUGAAUCUCCCAAAGCCUUCGGAGCCUCAGCCCAGCUGGCCCGAGUUCACCCCGGCCAUCUGGGACAUGCCCAGCAGCGACCCCCUGCACUCCUGGCCCAGCAGCUCCGGAUCGCCCACCGCCCCGACGGCCUCGUUCCUGGGAAACACUUGCAGCCCGUGGUCUGCCACCACACCCUUCAGCAACUCCAUCUGGUCAACGGGCGCAGAUUCCACGCUGCACCCGUACUCGCCGUCGACCGGUUCGCCUGCUCUGACCACUCUGGUGAGCGGCGCCGCCCCGUCGCCGACGCAGUCACCGACGACUCCCUCGGAGAUGAGCAGGACCUUCAACCCCUGGAGCGCAUGGCUUCCCACUCUGACCAGGCGCAGCUCCGAGCCCUGGCCCAGCUCGUCUGAUACCAGCAACUAAACAGCAGCUGGCGAAAGUUACCCGUACGCUAAACGAGUCUUUUACUAUCAGAGAAGCCCCGCCCCCUCCUCCAGACAGCAACGUUACGGGGAGCCAUGGAUGAGCGCCACGUUUAUUUCUCUGCAGCUUUUUUAUUCCUGAGGGCAGUGAUGCUAGCUUUUUAUUUGGGUUUGUUUUAACAGGAGACCCCUGAAAUAAGCGCACUGUAAAAACACAAUGCCUUUUUGUUCUGGUUUCUAGUGCAAAUAUCUUAGUAUACUUGAAAUAAGAAAAAAGAAACUUACAAGUAACUUUUCAGCAAGAAAAAGAAGCUUGUUUUGAGCCAAUAAUUCCUUAAUAUUGAAGAAAAAGUACUAGUGCUUUUACCGUCAUCUUGCUGAGAAUGUUCUUGUAAGUUAGUUUUUUUCUUAUUUCAAGUGUAACGGGAUAUUUGCACUGGAAACUAGAUCAAAAUUACUUGGUGGCAAUGUGUGUUUUUGGCAGUGCGCGAAUGCCGUAGAAAGGCCAUUAAUGCUGCAUUCCUUCUCAGAAACGUGGCAGAGCCACUAAGGGUUUAGUAUUAAAUAACUUAUUUGACGCCACAUUUAAACUCAGUUCUUAUUGGUUUCUUAAUUAUAAAAAAAGAAAAGAAAGCUUUAUUUCAGAGGCCAAAACGUACAGUCAUUCACAUUGGGAUCACUGCACUUUUAUUUGGCAGAAGGGAUAUUUAAAAAAAAAAAAAAAAAUCUAAAAUUGGAUUUGUAUUGGAUGUUUUUUUUUGUAUACCCAUCCCAUAAAAGUUUUAGGAACAUUUAUGUUGUCCAUUUUUAAACUGGAAUUAUUUGGUCUAGCGAUCAAGUAAAACUAAAUUCCUCAGUUUGGGGUUUGAACUGUAUUCUUAUCGCCUUUGUUUGUCUGCAAAUUUAAUUAAAGGAUUUCAGCAGAAAA